GAAUAGAAAAUAUUGGGAUUAUAAAUUACGGUACUAUCGAUACAAUGUAGCAUGGUGCAACAUGAAUUGCACUGAGAAUUCACGAUUUCUGCUUUCCAUGAUUGCAUAAUUAUCUCGUCAAAUUGAUUGAUGUAUGUUUCCGCAAUCGCAGAUACGUAAUAUCCAUUCCAUGGAUCACCAAGACAAAAUUCAGGGCAGGCAUGAAAUGUGUUGCGUUCGUUGUGCUUGGAAGUAGCUACUUGGUCUAAAGAAAACAAUUAUUUUAUAGUAUGCUAAGUGUUAAUCUGCUGUUGUUUGUACUAAUCACACAUGCGGCAUAUUUAACCACUUGCGACCGCUGCUGCGAGAUCAAUUAUCAUGGAUUGCCGCGAUACGAUUUAAUGAGGAACAAUUCGCGCUCGAAUCAGCCGAUCAUAUCGCGAAGAGUGGUUUCCAACGUGACCGAGUGCAAGGAAUUCGCCGCCUCGAAGAAGGCUCUUGCCUUCAAUUUUGUUUCCGCAAGAAGUCGUGCCGGAAAACAAGAGAAUACGUGCCAGGCUCUUCAGUGCCCCGAAGAUCACAACAUGACCACUCUCAUGCCAGCGGUAAAUUAUAACUAUUACAGCAUGUACCCCGUUUUCAUUCCACCAGUGAACGCUACGCUGAAGUGCAUUCCUAAAGCGGGGAUGUUCUUAUUCUCGUCCGAGAGCUUGAACUACACGCAAGCACGAAGCUUCUGCCACAAAUGGAACGCAUCACUCGCACACGUGAUAAGCGAAGAACGCACAGAAGGACUGGGAAAAUUCGUUUCGCAAAACGUUUCGAGUUUCGUGGGUCUCAGUAGCAGCGUCAAGGAAAAAAUCUGGAAAAAUGAAUUUAGUACGUGUAAUCUUUGUGUUUACAGAUUUUAUUUUUAUCAAGCGCAUGAUGAUUUCAGAGCAAAUUUUUCAAGAAUUAGAACACUUUAAAGCUGCUUACGAUAACAAAUUUAAAAAAUACAUAAUUUGUCAGGCGAACCCUUGUCUUGCUUCGAUUAUCGAGCAUGGGGCGAGGGAGAGCCGUCGCACUCGAAAGGGUGCGUUGCCCUCGUAAAUCCGUCUGAAAGCUCACCGCCCUUUUGGAAACUGAUACCCUGCCACACGUCGCUGCCGUUUAUCUGCGAAAUCUCGCCAUUACCUGAACGAUCGUCACGACAUCGUAGAAAUCAUCAUCACAGUGCAUAAUACAAAUACUAUAAUAAAAUUAAAAAAUAUAUAUGUAAUAUUAUACGCAAAUAAAAAUAGCUUUGAAUGACAAUCACAAGAAUAUAUUACAUCAGAGAUCAAAGACAUUCUUGAAACUCUUGAUAAAAGUGAGAAUCGAAGCAAAACUAUUCCUUAAAGUGUUAAGAAAGGCAAAUUUUCCAUAAAAAUCUGAGUUUUCACGAAAAAUGAGAAUAUGUAUCUCUUGUUCAGCUUUUAUACUCGUAUUAAUCUAAUCAUUUAGCAGCGAGUGACAGGGUCGGAAUGAAGGCAAACGUUAAAUAUGUACAGAGAUUUAAUGUGGAGCUACAGGAAUCUCCAACAUCAGUGUAUGCAGAGAAAGAUUUACUGCGAUGGCUUUAUUUACAGGUACGAUUGUUAAAUCCGACGUAUACGCACGGUUGACACGAUUGAGACAGAGGCGGAGUAUAUAUAUAUAUAUAUAUAUAUAUAUAUAUAUAUAUAUAUACACACAACUCUCACUCGAUCAUUACUUAUA